AUGGAGAUUCCAUACCUCCCCUGGCGGUCGUCGUGGAAGCACAGCAAAGCCAUACAGUUCCUGAAUCUGAUUGGACCUGCCGUGUUCACUACCCUGCGGAUAUACGUGCUGUCAGGAAAGAACAGGAUCCUGGGUGGAGUGGCCCUGGUUCUGAGCAUGGCACCCUUCCUCAUCAAUGCGAGCACUGCAUACCAGCAACCUCCCAUCAACCUCCCUGCACCACUGAACUGUGCUGCCACCAACACAGCCAGCAGGAGCCUCAUCAUUGGUGGCAAACUGCAGGCAGGCUCCGCUGAGCUCCCAGAAUACCUUGGUGUUAUUGGGGGCUCAAUCCGCUCGUCCCAUGACAAUGCGGAAGACCUGCAAUCCCUCGAAUUUGCGCCACCACAGGAGGAGGAGCACCAGCCCGAGCUGGAAGGAGAAAUUCAGGAGAUUAGGAGAGAUGGAGGGUUUGUGGCCUAA